AUGUCCAUCUCCCCUUCAGGCGAGAUAUUCGUGGCUUGUUUGCAAAGCAGAAGAUUGGUCAGCUUCAAGAAUGGUCAUGGAACGGUGGUAUGUGAAGAUGUUAAAGGGUUGAACAACGUGUUCUGCGCGCAAAACUGUGUGAUUUACCUUCUGACUCAUGGUGGACGAGCGGUGCAGAUGCUGAAUGGCUCAAACCUCCAAGCUGUGAUUCACAGUGAUGAUCUUGCAGGUGAGCUGCAGUUUGAGGCGCUUCACAUCUUUGUGACCAAGGAAGAGGUACUUUAUAUCAGCGACCGUCACAACAAUCGCAUUCUUUGCCUCAGCCCGGGUGAGUCGCAAUCUGUCAUAGCGUGGGAGGUCCCAGAGAAGCAAGUGUGGGGGCUGUUCGUGGCAGAAGGUGGAAAGAUCUACGUUGCGGGGGCAUCAAGGAAGGUGUGGUGCUUCAAUCCAGGCGACAGAACCUGCCACGAAGUGCUCCAGUGUCUCGACGGAGAGAAGGUCAUUUCUGUGCUGCCUUACGGCCGAUCCCUCUACGUAAGCACCCAAAUUAGCAAGGCCCGCGGGGCUGUCUACGAGUAUUUGUUACCUCCGGAGCUGCAGCUCGAGGUCAGAAACCCCUCAUUCAGAUGA